AUGAAAGUUGCUGUUGGUAUAAAUUAUAUUGGUUGUGCUGGUUGUUGUGGGUUGUUCAUGAGUCGAGAUGGUUUCAAACUUCACAUAGAAUUCUGUGAUGGUGACCCUCUAAAAUCACAUUGUGAGGCAUUUGCCUGUGCCAGAAGCAGAUACUUAGAAUUUAUAGCUAAGGAAAGUUUGUACAGAUUGAAAGAAAAUUCAUUAAAUGACUCUGUAGAAGCUGAAAAGAUCAUUAGCCCAAGAAAAUGUAAAGGUAAAAAAAUCAAAGAAUUAAAGAGGCAAAACAAAUCAGAACAUGCAUCAGAAGUAUCAUUUACAGAUAAUUUGAAGCCAAUGGAGAUAAAGUAUUUCAAUCCAACAGAUCCAGAACACAGCUUGAUUCUUUCCAAUACUUCACAUGAUUUUGAGGAACAGCCCAAUUUUGAUUGUCUGAAACACGAAGAUGGUUCUGAACCAUUUAGAGAGGAACAACAAAAUUUUGAAUCCUUUCAGGAUGUCCAUGGCCAUGGCAAGGGAACUGAUCCAACACUCAAUACUGAUAUGCAGCUGGAGAUAUCAAAUGGUCAUCAAGAAGAUCAUGAUGGAAGAUUACCAAAAGAAGAUUCUAGUUUAGACACAAAAAUUAUUAAAGACAUUGAUAUGAAUGUAGUCAUUUGUUCCAAUACUAUUAUACCAAGUACUGUUGACAACAGCAAAGGACUGUUGAGUACCACAUCAGAUCCAUCUUUAUCAAGUUGUAUUGGUGGAGGAUUGCUCAGUGACCAACAAUUGUCCCCUGGUGGUUGGACUCCAUCCAUGUCUACGCCUAGUGUUUGGAAUCCUGUGAUAACUGGUAAUGCUGCAACUGGUUGGGCCCCAUCAAUGUCAUCAGCAAGUGGAUGGCAUCCUACAGCAUCUGCAACAAACAGUUGGACAACAAAUUCAAAUCAAUCAUUGAUUUCAAAGGACCCAUUGCAUGAUACAAAUAGUGUUCCCUCACAUUGUGUUCCUGAAACCAUUCUAAAUCAAGAGCUGUCAGUACCUAGUUCCGAAAUUAGAGCCCAGUCAGUCGAAAGAGAACACAAAUCCAAUCAAGAACUUCAAACACAACCUGAAGCAGGUGCUUCCAAUGAAGAUGUGUUAGAAGAUGUAUCAUCAAUUGUUCCAAAACCCUAUAAAGAAAACUGUGAAGUUGAAAGUGAUGCUAUUGCUCGAAAUGAUAAUGGAUCUGUAAUUAGAGGUUAUUAUGAUGAAAAAUGUGAAACAGCUGAUUGUCACAGAGGAUCAAUAAAUUUUACUACUUCUGGAGACAUCAGCAAACUUAUAUCUCAAUUAGAACACUCCAUAAAUACCAGUGUCUCAGGUGAAACCACUACUGAUCUAGUCUCUGUUUGUAAGACCCUUACCACACCUUCUGUGACUGGUGAAAUGGUAACGAAUUUGGAUUUUGCCAAAGGAGCUGAUUCACAAAGUUCUGAAGAUGAAUUGGUCAUUGAUGAAGGACCAAAAAUAAUUCGUUAUAGAAACAGGAUACGAAAAAGUCACCGUAAGAGACCUCUUCAUGGAAUGGAAAUACAAUUAGUGGAAGUAAUGAAAGAGAUGCCGAAAUCUAAUUACGAGGCAUAUUUUGAUUUUUGUGGAAAGCGGGACCCUUUAGUGGGAAGUGACUUGAAUGAUUCCAAAGUUAAUCACCAAGUUGUAGGGAAAAGUGGAUUGUCAGAACAUCAGCCAUCCACUGAAGAUGCAUUCAAUGUCCCAGAGGAGCUUUGUGAAAUGUUAGAAGAAGAUGAUGCGAAUUCAAUGGGAAAUUCUAACGAAACAGAAAUCAGAAAAAAUAAACUUGCAUAUUUUAAAGUAUUCCGUUAUGAGGGCAAAAGUCUCUAUGUUGGGAUUAAAAGAGAAACAAGAGAAAGCUUCUCAAACAAUAGUUUCUGUGGUGAUAACACUUUUAGUGAACGAACAGUUGAAGAUGCCAGUCCAAUUGAUUCUAAUUCAACGAUUGGCCAAUCUCUGGUGGAAAACAAUCUUGAUCCAGUGGUAGAUAAAAGGCCAAAUCCGAUAUCUCAGUUGGAUCACGAAGUACAAACUAAUUUUUCAGAAGAUGAAGAUUCUUGUGGAUCCAUGGAAGAUUUGGAAGCAAUGGAUAUCCCUCACUUAAUAGAAAAACUGGCGCCUAUACCUAGGUUCAAAACCUCAAAAAGCCAAGGUUAUACUUCAACAAGAUUUAAUUCAAAAGCAUCUACCCAAAAGUAUAUUCAGCAGAUUAUUAAAAGGUCUGCUGAGGAUAGCACCAAUUCUAAAUAUUGUGAAGCAGUAAUGAAUGGUGUUCCUGUACUAAAACGAGUUCCUAAAGCUGAUGAGACAGAUCAUAAUGCUGCCAAAAGGACUAAAUUUGUAGAAAUGCCAAAUAAAAAUAUGGAUAUUGAUCCUACAAUUGCAAAAGGAUCCACAGAAGACAAUGAUGAUGCAUCUGAACUGGAAACAAGUAAGUUUAUCUCUGGACAAGCAACUCAAUCCAAAACCAAAUCUAAUCCCACCAAAGGUCUUAAGCAAAGAGCUGAAAUUAAGAAGAAAUCUGAUCUGCAGCAAAUAACAUCUAAACCUAGAAGAUCUUCAAGAUGCAUCAAGAUGCCAGAGAAACUGAUAGUGGAAAAUAAACCAGAAGAAAGAAAAACUGUACCUACAUGUGAUGAUUCUGGUGAAGAAUAUGUUACUGGUCAAGGUGAAGACUCUGAUGGUGAAUCAAUCCAGGUCUCCUUCAAGACUAAAGAUACAAAAGUAGUGCUACCAAUGCCUACAGAAGACCAGUAUACAAAAGAACAGUGUGGUUCUCAGACAGUGUAUAUCUGUAAUUUGUGUAAACAGAAGCUGUUGAGUCUAGUCAAACUAAGGAAUCAUCUAGCAUUAACACAUAAUAACGGACAGGAGUUUACAUGUAAAGAUUGUGAUUUCACCACUUUAUAUCGUAGAAGAUAUAAGGCUCAUGUUAAAAGACAUACUGGUGAUAAGAGUAUCUGUCCUUACUGUCCAACAUUUUAUAAAGACAAUUCUUCAUUGACUCGCCACAUUAAUAUCAAACAUUUUGAACAAUCAAAUUUCCGAUGUUGUCAGUGUGAACAUAUAGCUAUAGACAAUCAACAUCUUGCUGAUCAUAUGAGGACUCAUUCAGGUGAGUUAUUGGUCUGUAGGUAUAGUGGUUGUGAAUAUAAAACAUGGAGUUAUAGAAAUUACUGUCAACAUGAACAGAGACAUGAACCUCAAUUUCUUUGUGGACAGUGUGGUUACUCUACCAGCAAUAAACAGACUUUUACCAAACAUAUAGCAACUCAUUCUAAUCUAUGUUCAUAUCAGUGUUCACUGUGUUCAUUCCAAGCUCGAACAAAGCAAAUUGUAGUUGAUCAUGCAGUCAGAGAUCAUAAUCAUAUGGUAACAUAUUCAUGUGAUCGUGAACAGUGUUCAUAUACUACUCAGUAUCAGGACUUCAUCACAUCCCAUAUUUACAAUCAUCUGGGAGUUUUCCCAUAUAAGUGUUCAUUGUGUUCGUAUAAAGGUGUUUCUUCAGCCGAAGUGUAUGAGCAUUCCAGUAUUGAGCAUCCCAAUCAUACCAUCACUUUUGUUAAAUUAUUACCUGAGGUACAAAAAGUCAAUCCUGUAGACUAUAUAGUUCCUCAGAAAACUCUACUAGACUCGGGUAGAUUUGAAGUAUUAGAAAUUGAGCCACAGACAAAUGAUUGUAUCAGACGUGAUAAGAGAUCUAAGGUCAAGAAAGACCGCUCAGAUAAAAAGAAAGGUAAAAAAAAGACAAUGUUUGAUUCUGAUGUUAUUACUAUUGAUAUUCCUGGCGAUAAUGCAGAUCAAGUAUGGAAACACUAA